CAUGCUCACAGAGGUGGCUGCAGACACUGGCGGUGUGGUGCUCGUCUGUGCGUUCAGAGUAGUCAUGGGUCUCGCUCAGGGUUUCGUAUUCCCAUGCACACAUUCCUUGCUGGCAAAAUGGAUCCCACCCAAAGAAAGUGAUGUUUUGGGAACAGCUGUUUACACAGGUGAUCAGCUGGGCACAGUAGUAGCAAUGAUUAUAUCAGGAGCAUUAGCUCAGAGUGCUCUUGGGUGGCCAUCUAUAUUCUACUUCUUUGGUGGACUUUCCAUACUUUGGGGAAUGAUAUUAUUCUGGUUUGGAGGGAAUACUCCUUCUGGACAUAAGAAUAUUUCUAGAGCAGAACUUAUUUAUAUUGAAGAAUCUUGGAAGGACGUCUCUCGUGAACGAAAGAAGUUUCCAACGCCGUGGAUAUCAAUUUUCACAUCACUGCCCGUAUUUGCUUCUAUAGUAGCCACUAUGUCGCUGUGCUGGGGAUACUACACACUCCUGACAGAGAUACCAACGUAUCUGAGUAAUGUUCUUCGAUUUGACAUUGCAUCUAACGGGCUACUUUCUGCACUGCCUUACGUCGUUAACUGUGCCCUGAGUCUUGCCUUCAGCUGGGUCAUCAACAGCGUAGAGAAGAAGGAAAUAUUUAGCAAGGGGACAUUGAGGAAGGUGGCCAAUUCCAUUGGUUACUGGAUCCCAGCAGCGGCUUUGGUAGCUCUCAGCUUCAUCCCAGUAGAUGACCCAACGGCAGCUGUGAUCUUGCUGACUGUCUCCGUCGGUUUUAAUAGUAUCAGCAUCAUGGGCUACCAGAUGAACCUUAUCGACAUCGCACCGAACUUCUCUGGCCUGAUGAUGGGUAUUACUGGUAGUAUCGGGACACUGAUGUCAGUCGCUGCACCACUUUAUGUGGGGGCUAUAGUCAAGGAUAACACCAUUCAAGAGUGGAGAAUUGUAUUCCUCACAGCAGCUGGAGUCUUCUUUGUGGGCAAUCUGAUUUUCGUUAUUUUCGGUGAUGGCGAAGUUCAACCUUGGAACGACCCUAACUAUUCGAGAGGAAAGAAAACAGAAACUAUAGAAAAGGUUGCAGUUUGAGCCACUCUAAGUGACGCCAGUAGCCACAUGGAAUAUGUGAGAGAAACACAGGUUUCUUCACAAUAAAACUUUGCAUAUAAAGAAGACACAGGGAAGGAAAACUCUGCAAAACAUACACUUUCUCCGCAACUUGAUUAACAUACCAA